UCUUUAUAUAAUCCAUCAUCUGUUCAAUUUCAAGGAAGCAAAACCCUCUCUUCCCCCCAAAGAAGUAAAAAAGCAACACCCUCUUGAGUCUUCUUGAUGGAACUACGAAUUCCUUAUUCCUUUCCCUCAUGUCUUGCUCCAUUAAAUCACCAAAGAAAUGCAACUGCACUAACAAGGAAACAUACGAAAAGAGGCAAGCAAUGCCUAUCAGUAUUACCCUCCUUCGUUACCGUAUCAGCAAAGUUCGAUGAAACACAAGUGAAUCAACGACGGUCAGCUAAUUAUCACCCAAGUAUUUGGGAUCAGAAACUCAUUGAGUCCUUUACCACUCCCUACUCAUAUGAGAUCCAUGCCACUCGGCUUGAGGGGUUGAAGCAAGACGUUAAAACUUUGUUGACAUCCACAAAAGACAAAAGUGUCUUACUGAGGCUUAUAGAUUCAAUGCAGCGGCUAGGAGUGGCUUACCACUUUGAGCAAGAGAUAGAAGAGGUUUUGAAAUUUCAACGUCCAGAUGUUACUAGCGAUCUUUACACAGCCGCAUUGCAUUUUCGGAUUCUAAGAGAACGUGGUUUCCCAGUUAGCUCAGAUGUGCUUGACAGAUUCAGAAGCAGAGAUGGGAGAUUCAUAGACAGCUUAAGCAGGGAUGUGGAGGGACUUUUGAGUUUGUAUGAAGCCUCGCACCUUAGGAUGCAUGGAGAAAAUAUAUUGGAAGAAGCCAGGGAUUUUAGUAUCAAAAACCUGAAUUUAUUAAUGGAAAAAUUGGACAGUAAUUCAGCUAAGAAAGUGAAACAGUCACUGGAAAUCCCCUUAUAUUGGAGGAUGCCUAGAGUUGAAGCUCGGAACUUUAUUGAUGUCUAUCAAAAGGAUAAUACAAAGAACUUGACCUUACUUGAGCUGGCUAAGUUGGAUUACAAUUUAGUGCAAUCCGUGUAUCAACAAGAACUCAAGGAGUUAGAAAGGUGGUGGAGAGAGUUGGGUUUUAAAGAUAAGCUAACUUUUUCAAGGGACCGAGUGAUGGAGAAUUAUAUGUGGGCUGUGGGUAUCAUUUUUGAGCCCCAGUUCUCCAAGUGCAGGAUAGGCCUCACCAAAUUUGUAUGCAUAUUACUAGUUAUUGAUGACAUGUAUGAUGUAUAUGGAUUGCUAGAUGAGCUAAUUGAAUGCUUCACCGAUGCAGUGAAACGGUAUCAUAGAAACAUGAUCAUCAAGGAUACUACUUUAAUGGGAGAGGACUUUGGAGUUUUAACUGAGUUAUGA